AUUGAUUUAUGUUGGGUUUGUGAUUCCAUGCGCGAGAAACCAGCAUUGACAGGUCGUACUCCCCAUCAUUAAGUUUUUUUAAUUGGUAGAUUGUGAAGCUAUAGAAAUGAAUUAUGAGGAUGAAGGUGAUUUCUGGGCUCAGGAAAAAGACUCGAACCCAUUCGUUAUGGUGCUGAAGAACCGGUACGAACUUUGUGAGGAUCUGAAAUACGUCAUUUCCGUGCCAGACCUUUGCGAUGUAACCUUUCUAGUAGGUCUGGAGAAGACCCCUGUAUAUGGAAUUCGCGCCAUUCUGGCCACGCGCAGCAGGCUAAUGUACCAAAUGAUAUUAAAAAGUCAAAGAUCCACAGACAACGUCGUCAAAGAAACGUCCAAACUGAGGAGGGGGAUCCAGUCCAUGAAAAGGGCCCUGGGCAGGAAAAAGCGCUCACCCCCGGCAGAAAGACCCGUCCCAAACACCACCACUAUAGAAGUGAAGGAUUUUGACGUCAGCGUGUUUGAGGGUCUCAUGCGUUAUAUCCACUGCGGGGUGGUGGCUGUAGACCCGAGAACAGUGGUCGGAAUGAUGAGUGCCGCUAGGAUGUUUGAGUUCCCUGAUCUACACACGGCCUGCUGGGAGUUCGCGGGGGAGUGUCUGCGGUCCGACACCCUGCCGUUAUUGGUAGAGGGAGCCACUAAGUACAGUCACUUCAAAGACACCAGAAAACUGAUGCAAAAGGUGCUGUCCAACCUCGGGGAAACUCCUGACGUCAUCCAAUGUUGUCCAGAAAUACAAAAUCUGAUUCCCCUGCGUUCAGACGAAUACAUGUGUUAACCAUUCGUAAGGACGGGUCGCCCGGCGUCUUAACUCCAACACACAGGGGAAUCCCCACAGCAGUGAGGGGGGCACAACCUGGAAUUCGUCUUUGAAGACAAGCAGGCCAAUCAGGUUAUGUCAGAAGCCAAAAUGAUGGAUUGGGAUACGGUGUUAUCUAAAUACGUGCAGUUUCCCUAAAAAAAUUCUCAUGUGGAAGAUUUUGACUUCUAACAAAGACGUACGUGCCAAAUUCUCAUACUUUCUGAUAUGAAGACUGUAUAUUUUGUGCAUAUUUAUAUAACUAUUUAUUUGAAAAUAAAUAUAUAGUAUCGACAA